AUGGCCUUUGGCCAGAGUUCAGACCUUAUUAGACAUCCAAAAAGUAAAUGUGUCAAGAUGGUUUCCAUGAGUGAUGAAGGUGGGUUGCAACCUAUAAGUCAGAACUCUCAGCUUGCUGCACAUCAGAGAAUCCGUGAUGGAGAGAAACCUUAUGAAUGUAAGCAAUGUGGAAAGACUUUCAAACGGAGGGACGGUCUUGCUCUACAUCAGAGAAUCCAUGAUGGAGAGAAACCUUAUGAAUGUAAACAAUGUGGAAAGUCUUUCAAACGGAAGGAUGGUCUUGCUCUACAUCAGAGAGUCCACACUGGAGAGAAACCUUAUCAAUGUAAACACUGUGGGAAGGCAUAUACAGACAAGAGAUCUCUUGCUGCACAUCAGAGAAUGUACACUGGAGAGAAACCUUAUGAAUGUAAACAGUGUGGAAAGGCUUUUACACGUAGCAGCUCUCUUGCUACACAUCAGUUAAUACACACUGGAGAGAAACCAUAUGCAUGUAAGCAGUGUGGAAAGGCUUUCACACAGAGGAGCAAUCUUGUUCAACAUCAGAGAAUGCACACUGGAGAGAAACCUCAUGAAUGUAAACAAUGUGGAAAGACUUUCAAACGGAGGGACAGUCUUGCUCUACAUCAGAGAAUGCACACUGGAGAGAAACCUUAUGAAUGUAACCACUGUGGAAAGGCUUUUACAUGUAGUAGCUAUCUUGCUGUACAUCAGAGAAUCCACACUGGAGAGAAACCGUAUCAAUGUAAACAGUGUGGAAGGGCUUUUACACAUAACCGCUACCUUGUUACACAUCAGCUAAUCCACACUGGAGAGAAACCUUAUAAAUGUAAACAGUGUGGAAAGGCUUUCACAGUGAAGAUCAAUCUUGUUCAACAUCAGAGAAUCCACACUGGAGAGAAACCUUAUGAAUGUAAACACUGUGGAAAGGUUUUCAGGCAGAAGGGCCAUCUUUCUUUACAUCAGAGAAUUCACAGUGGAGAGAAACCUUAUGAAUGUAACCACUGUGGAAAGACUUUUAUGUGCAGUAGCUAUCUUGUUGCACAUCAGAGAAUCCACACUGGAGAGAAACCUUAUAAAUGUAAACAGUGUGGAAGAGCUUUUACGCAUAGCAGCUCUCUUGCUACACAUCAGAAAAUCCACACUGGAGAGAAACCUUAUGAAUGUAAACAGUGUGGAAAGGCUUUCACACUAAGAAUCAAUCUUGUUCAACAUCAGAAAAUCCACACUGGUGAGAAACCUUAUGAAUGUAAACAGUGUGGAAAGGGUUUCACAGUGAGGAUCAAUCUUGUUAAACAUCAGCAUAUCCACACUGGAGAGAAGCCUUAUGAAUGUAAACACUGUGGAAAGGCUUUCAGGCAGAGGGGCCAUCUUUCUUAUCAUCAGAGAAUCCACGCUGGAGAGAAACCUUAUGACCAUAAAGAGUAUUGA